CUCACCUGCGCCCAAUCGGUCUUAGGUAUUACACAUUCACCUCCCGGAUGGGUGGUGGGUGGAUUCCAUGCAGGGGAAAUCCAGCAGCUGACAAUUCAGCCAGCUCGGCGCCACCGACGACGACGACGUCGUUGUCGAAGCCACAGCCAGCCACAAGCCAAAGGGAAUCCAGCCUCUUCCAUUUCCACGCGCCGCUGAAUGAAACCGUUUGCUGCUCUUUUGUGCGGGUUGUCGAUGUUAUCGCAAAAGAAGUUAUGUUUUCGGUUCAGUUUUUAUUAAGAUUCGUCCGGCGCCAGUUCGGUUAUUCACGUUCCGGGACGAGCUUCAGUGUUUGGGACCGCCGGUAUUGCGCUGGGGUCAACACCGUGUGUGUAGUGCAGCACAUGUUCUAGAGGUGACAGUGCGUCGCGCGGCAGUUGAACGACGACGGGGAGAGGGAGACGAAGUGGCGACAUGUGAUCGUGUGUUUGCAUAUGUUUAUAAUCCGACGAAAAAAUGCAUUUUUGGUGAAUGGGCUGCGACAUCAGAUGUUCGAAAAAUUUCAACGUGGUGGAUGCCAGGUCAAAAGGUCGUGAAAGAAGAUUAAACUCAAAUGGAAAGUGCUUUGUCUAGUCUCUUUAAAUAACAAAAAAAAACGUAAUCGCGUAGCAUCGAAGGUGAAUCUAUAGUCGGAAAAGCUUCGGUGAUUGGGUGUGAAACUGUGAAGAAAACAAACAUCUCCGUACCGAUGGUGCUUGGUGAGUGAGAAGAAAAAAAUCCGUCUGUUUGUGAAAAAAAAAACCGGGCGCUAAGUGCCGGCAGACUCCUGCCGCGGCCCUCCAACGGAGAAAGUGCGCCACUUUCUCGCAAUCGAUAGCAAAAGUGUGAUAUGAGAACGCCGUCUCCACGGAACAGCUGAUGAACCCCACGGAACACCGAACGAUUGGGGCCCUCUUCCUCAUGCUUCUGGCACUGACGACAACGAGGGUCUCUUCCAACAACGCCGUCAAAACAGGGAUAGCACCUGCCGCCAAUGUGGUAGUCGAAGAACCGGAGUUCACGGAUGUAAUCGAAAACGUAACAGUGCCUGCAGGACGGAAUGUCAAACUGGCGUGCUCCGUCAAGAACCUAGGAUCAUUUAAAGUAGCGUGGAUGCACUUCGAGCAGUCUGCAAUUCUCACUGUACAUAACCAUGUGAUAACGCGUAAUCCGCGGAUCAGCGUGACACAUGACAAGCACGAUAAGCACAAAACAUGGUUCCUACACAUAUCAAACGUCCAGGAGGAGGACAAAGGCCGCUACAUGUGCCAAAUCAACACCGUGACGGCCAAGACACAGUUCGGUUAUCUGCACGUUGUCGUGCCACCGAACAUCGACGAUUCGCUCAGCUCCAGUGACGUCAUAGUCCGGGAGGGGUCCAACGUGACGCUGAAGUGUCGCGCCACGGGGAGUCCGCAGCCACAGGUCAAAUGGAAGCGGGACGAUAAUUCUAAAAUAGCUAUUAAUAAGUCGUUAAGUGUACUGGAGUGGGACGGAGAAUCGGUGGAACUAUCGAAAAUCUCCCGCCUGGACAUGGGUGCAUACCUCUGCAUUGCAUCGAACGGUGUCCCGCCCACGGUGUCGAAGCGAAUUAAAGUCAGCGUUGACUUUCCUCCGAUGCUCUGGAUACCACAUCAGCUGGUAGGAGUUCCUCUCAAUUAUAACAUCACACUGGAGUGUUUCACGGAGGCACAUCCGACGUCGUUGAACUACUGGACUCGGGAGGAUGGGCACAUGAUCCACGACUCCAGGAAGUACAGGACGGAGUCCACCGUGGGUAUGCCAAUCUACAAAACGCACAUGAGGCUGCACAUCUUCAACAUCCAGCAGAGCGAUUACGGCACCUACAAGUGUGUAGCCAAGAACCCUCGAGGGGAAACCGAUGGAGCGAUACGAAUAUACACAUCGACCCCUCCAACGACAUCGCCGGGUCCACCAACGACGGACUCCCAGCUGCACGACUUUUGGCCCGGCAACGGUCGAAAUGAUAGCUACGGUUUAUACCAUCCCGGUAAUGGCCCCGGUGGAACCCACAGCGGUGGUCAGCAUCAUCCCAAUUCGUAUUCCGUGCACGUGGUUGAUAAAAAUUCUAAAUAUUCAUCCAGUCUGAAUGAAGUGGACAAAUCGGAACAGAAGUCAUUUGAUUCGAAUGUUAUCCACUGGUCCACCGGAAGCAGUAGGGAUUCUUCUCGAACCACACUCAACAUUCUGUCCAGCAUUGUAUGCUCAACGUUGCUUCCUCUGCUUGUCAGAUUAAGUGCGCACUAAUCACUAUUCAAAAGGAUCAACAAGGAUGACAACUGUAAGUCGCAAAUGCUAUUAAAAACAGCGAGGAAGAUAUAUAGCUAGCCAAAAAUAAAAGAGAAUUUAGUAGAACAACAGUGUUAGCUUAAAUGGUAUACAGACCUAUCAAAUUAUUAACGAGAUAGAAGAUACUACGAAUCUAUAUCCAAACAUGUAUAACAGAAAGCAGGGUUCAUAAACAUAUACAUUAUACUAAAUUAUUAAGAUAUAAUAUCAGAGUAACUAUAUCGUAUAGCGAGCGUUGGUACCAAGCAGUAAGUAAGUCUAUAUACAUAUAGUGAAUUAACUAAUCGAAAGCUAACGCGCUUCAAAGUGACAAACACUUGUGUAUAACGAACGAACUAUUCAAUUACAACAAUACGGUGCAUUGCAGACUAAAACAAUCAAUUUCGAAGGCAAUUCAUGCAGGAAACACAAAACAACUGUUAUUAUUAGUAGGUGUACGGUGAUUUGGAUUACGUCCAACUUUGAAUAGCACGAGGAUGGUCGGAGGAGAGUGGAGUAUUUACCCGAUUUGGAUCGUUUCGUAUAUCCGUAUAAAUUCACUGCACGGAAAAUUGCAUAAAUUUAUCUUUCUCCGCUCCCGAUACCGGACUUCAAAUCCAAAUGGUUUUACGCUUUUAAUUGUUUUGCCUUGCCCGUUCCACUGACUGGCACGUCGGAUUAUUAUCCCAUCGUGGCAACUCAAACCGAGCUAGAUGUGUUGAGCUCGAAACGUUGGGUGGUGUUUUAUCUAUCUUGCUUGAAAAGGUAUUCGAUGAACAGAAUGAAUGCACAGGAAAAAUGGGAAAAAUACAUUUUAAAGAUUGUGUUCGAAAUAAUUUCACGCUUAACGAUUACGAGUUGGUGCUGAGUUGGAUUUUUUAUUCCUCCUUGCACCGGUUUUGCUUCCAUGGAGCAUUUCCUGUUCAUAAUUUCCCUAUACUAAGGGGGUUUUCUUUGAUAGCUUAUUGGAUUGUUCGAAGACAAACAAUGAUUGAUGGGACGUGAGGCAAAUUAGGUGGAAACUGAUUAAGGUUAACGAUGCGAGAUGGCUACCGGUUUCUUGAAGUUGUUGAUAAAAUGUCUUGAUAGUAUGCUUUUUUAAUUCAUAGAGGAAUCUAGGUAGUUUCCAUAAAAACAAUCGUUGAUUUAUUCAGAUUGUUUUCAUUCUAAAAACCAAUUACAAUUUCACGAAUUUCAAGCCACUCUCAAAAUCAGGAUCGGCAUGAUAUUGUUGGAGCUGAGUAAUUCAUAAUCAACCACAAUUGUUACUAACCGAAACCACUAGGUUUGUCGCUUAUUGUGACAAGAGAUUAAAAUCGUUCCUUUCAAAGUGAAAACAUACUAUUUUGAAACAAAAAUACUAUAAUAAACACAACGGGACGCUUCAAAUUGUAUAUGUUGCAGGAGAAAAAAAAGUAAUGUAAAACACAUGCCCAAUUAACAACAAAAAACAAACAACGGUGUAUUUCCACAAAGAUUUCAGUAACCACUAGGGCAGCACAACCAACAAACUUUGAUCGUGCCAAACAUUUUGGGUAGAAUGCCAAGCAGUAUCAUCCACUGUUAUUGUAUAAGUAGAGAUAGUUUUUUUGUAACAUAGGUUAAGUUCUACGAAACAUGGGAUUGCUAAAAGCAAUCAAAAUCCAAUUUGACACUACGAGUUACUACGAAUGAAUACAAAGCAAAAUGCGUUGUCUGGAAUAGGAUCAGUAGAUAACUGAACGGGAUCCAAUCGAGUAGAAUCUGCAUAGAAAAAAAAACAGAAACAAUUGCUAAACUACUAGGAGGGUACUAUUUACAAAAAUAAAGCAAAUAAAUAAAUAAACACAGUUAAUGCAAAUCCAUAUAAUGAACUAAACAGCGAUAUUAAUGAUGUCUGCUAAAACCAGCUAUUUAUGUUUCAAAAAUUGAAAACAUUGUAAAGAAUCGUCCGUUAUUGUAUCAACGGGAAAUUAAUACAGAAAUAUAUAGGAAAAUGCUU